AUGAAAUACGAUGGCAACCCCUUGAGGUAUUGGGAAUUUUGGAGAGCCUUUGAAAACAGUGUGGACAAGACUACAGUGGAUGAUUCUGCUAAGCUGACACGCCUGUUUCAUUUCUGCACUGGUGAGGCUCAUAAGUUGCUACAAGCCUGCAUGGUAAUGGAUCCCACUGUUGGUUACAAGAAAGCCAAGCAGAUGUUGAAAGAACGAUUUGGCAACCCUUACAAGAUAGCAGGUGCUUGGAUUCAGAGAGUUACUCAAGCUACAAAGAUUGAGACCAACAAUAAGAAGGCUCUACAAGAUCUAGCAGAUGAACUUCAUAUUUGCAUUCAAAUGCUAGAUGCUAUGGGCUAUAUGUCUGAGCUGUCACCCCAGAGUGUCAUCUUGCGGAUUGUCGAGAGACUUCCUUUCUCCUUAAAGGACCAAUGGUUAAAGGUGGUAGCCACUAUCAGGAAGCAGAAUCGGCUGCCACAGAUUGAGGACCUUUUAUCCUUCAUACAGGAAACUUCAGCCCAACAGAAUGAUCCAGUAUAUGGACGACUGACUGAUCUGAAGCCUGGAUCCAAAGACCAGUGGAAAUCAUAUCCCAAGAAAACAUGGGACAAGAAGGCAUCUAAGACACAGGGUCAGAGAAGCUCGUACUCUACCUCUAGUAGUCCAGCUCCGGUCAACAUCAAGCCCUGUCUGAUCUGUCAAGAAAAACAUACACUUCUUGGCUAUGUUCGGUUCAAGAAAAUGCCACCAGAGAAGAGACUUCAGUUUGCUAAAGAGAACCGGUUAUGUUUUAACUGCCUUCGUCCUGGUCAUAUGUUGUCAGCCUGCAACUUGAACAGAACUUGUUCUGUUGAAGGUUGUGGAAGGAAGCAUACCAAGUUCCUUCAUCAGACGAAGAAGGCACCAUCAAGAGCACCUGACAAUCAAGUCGAAGAUCCCCCACAGAGUCAGGAAGGACAAUUAACAAGUGAUGGGGCCUCUAAUGGUUAUGUAGACAGUGAUGCUACAGGGGCCGGCAAGCGGAGUGUUCUUCCAAUUGUUCCAGUAAGAGUACAAAGUGAUGGCAAGAAUUUUAUUCAAACGUAUGCUCUGUUGGAUAGUGGAUCAACCCAUUCAUUCUGUACAGAGGCACUAGCACAUCAUCUGGGAGCUAGAGAAAGAAGUAAUCGACUUCGCCUGACAACUAUGGGUAAGAGAGAUGAUCACAUUGACACAUCAGUGGGCAGCCUUGUGGUAGACUCUGGGCCAUCCACAGACCGGAUUUACCUUCCUCAUGUCUGCACUCGGAAGAGAUUGAACAUUCAGAAUUCUCACAUGGCCUGUAGGGAAGACAUCAUCAACCUGCCAUAUCUAAAAGGUAUUGAUAUCCCCUUGGCAGGGGAACAUGAAGUUGGCUUAUUGAUUGGUCAAGAUUCUCCAAGAGCACUGAUGCCCUUAGAAGUACGCAAAGGAGACAAGGGAUCUUAUGCUGUUAGAACUGCUCUAGGGUGGUCACUUCAUGGCCCGAUUGCUUCAAGAGGGAGAUGUGAUGCCUCUACCAAUUUCAUUCAAGGAGACACCUCUCUUGAUGAGCAAGUCCAGAAGUUCUGGAAGAUGAAGAUGAGAAUUCCCUAUUCGAUGAUGAGAGAGGUAUGUCAUUUAACGACAGGAAAGCAGUCAACAUCUGGGAGAACACCAUCACUUUGGACAAUGGUCACUACCAACUAG